GCGCUAGGACCUCAAACAUCAGAGCCCGGCUAUGCCUCCUUAUGGACGAUCCCGUCUCCUGCCGCCGACGUACGCCAACGUCCCAGGGCUCCGCCUCCCACCUCUUCUCCGAGUGACCAUAAUGGCGAUGCAUCUGCUUUGAGUUGUGCGGCUACAACAACAACCCCCCUUCUUCCCCCCGCCCUGAUUUGAUCCUCGGGACAGCGUGCAUCCAUACUAGAGACUCGGAUUGUGUUCACUAGAGUGGUUAGGAGGGACGGGAAAGUGGAAGAACGCAGUCGCGAGAUCUUGGAAGUCGAGUAAGAAGUGGCUGAUCUGCUUGGUCUGUCUAGCCAGCCAGUCAGCCGGCCGGUCGUUCGUUCAAAGACUCUCAUCCUGUUCUCUGACGAGCGUCUGUCCUAAUCUCGAGUGCCUUUUUUUUUGCUACGGGGGAGCUGAGGGGUUGCCAGGAUCCGGAACUUUGUGACGGUUUGACUGAACGAGGAUUUCACUACGCUGUCUGAUCACCAGCUUUCUUGUCUCCUACAGCGUCCACGUAACGUCACCAGCUGCACAUUAAGGAUUAUUUUGUAUAUUUUAGUUGGAGACGCAGCUUCUUUUAUUUAUUUAUUUUCCAGAUUUCCUUCUUUUCUUCCCUCGGAGAGCUUGCUGUAUGAUCCGACUGACUUGCUCGUCACCGGCAGCGCUUUGUUUUUGUUUCGGCACAGCUAGCGACUGGAAAUUGAGGUGCAGAUGAAGAGACAAAAGUUGGGCAGCUAGAGCAAAAUCCCCAGUGUGGUAAGACGGUGCGAUCGCUGUCGCUGGACUGAUUUACAGAACACCUUAAACCGCAGUUUGUUGCUGCUGCUUAUUUGUCGCUUUUAUUUCCUGAUCUCACUUUUGUUGUGGAUUGUGAACGUGAGCGGAAAGGCGCUCUUUUCGAGCCUCGUCAACUACUUACCUUCACGCAAUUCCUGAGUUGUGGGGGGCCGCUUUAUAUAUACAUAUAUAAAAAAAGACUCGCGGAUGUGGGCCCACUUGUUUUAGACCCUCGACUCAGGAAUUCCAGCAACGCCUUCUUGGAGUUGCGUGCAUCCGAAGGAGACCCGCAUGACGGGCGAAGCGCCGCACUUCAGCCGACUACUGCGUGAGGGAUUUCUGUGGAAGUUGUAACGGAUAGUCCAUCCUACAUUCCAUCGUGCUACACUCGCAUCUUCUCUUUCUACCUACUGGUCAUCCGAAAUUCCCACUCCUGGAUUCUCCCACGGCCGAGCCGCAAAUGACAACCGGGCGCAACAACCGUGUUAUGAUGGAAGGAGUCGGGGCGAGAGUGGUGCGGGGCCCCGACUGGAAGUGGGGCAAGCAAGACGGCGGAGAGGGCCACGUCGGCACUGUGCGCAGCUUCGAGAGCCCGGAGGAGGUGGUGGUGGUGUGGGAUAACGGCACGGCGGCCAACUACCGCUGCUCAGGAGCCUACGACGUGCGCAUCUACGACAGUGCGCCCACAGGCAUUAAGCAUGAUGGGACUAUGUGCGACACCUGCCGUCAGCAGCCAAUCAUUGGGAUCCGCUGGAAGUGUGCUGAAUGUACAAAUUAUGAUCUUUGCACAACUUGCUAUCAUGGGGACAAGCAUCAUCUGAGACACCGAUUCUACAGAAUAACCACACCAGGAAGUGAGAGAGUUCUUUUGGAGUCCCGUCGUAAAUCAAAGAAAAUCACAGCCCGAGGGAUAUUCACAGGGGCCCGAGUUGUGAGAGGAGUGGACUGGCAAUGGGAGGACCAGGAUGGAGGAAAUGGGCGAAGAGGCAAAGUGACUGAAAUUCAGGAUUGGAGUGCUGCCAGCCCUCACAGUGCAGCAUAUGUUCUGUGGGACAAUGGAGCCAAGAACCUUUACAGAGUUGGCUUUGAAGGCAUGUCUGACCUAAAGUGUGUUCAGGAUGCAAAAGGUGGCUCAUUUUAUAGGGAUCAUUGUCCUGUUUUAGGUGAACAGAAUGGCAAUCGCAAUCCAGGGGGCCUACAGAUUGGGGAUUUGGUGAACAUUGACUUAGAUUUAGAAAUUGUUCAGUCUCUUCAGCAUGGACAUGGCGGGUGGACUGAUGGAAUGUUUGAGACCUUAACUACCACCGGCACAGUAUGUGGUAUUGAUGAAGAUCAUGACAUUGUAGUACAGUAUCCCAGUGGCAAUCGGUGGACAUUCAACCCUGCUGUCCUGACCAAGGCAAAUGUGGUAAGGAGUGGUGAUGCUGCAGCAGGUGCAGAAGGAGGAGUCUCGCAGUUUUCUGUUGGUGACCUGGUUCAGAUUUGUUAUGACACUGAGAGAAUUAAGCUUUUACAGAGAGGGCAUGGAGAAUGGGCAGAAGCCAUGCUACCAACUCUUGGAAAAGUUGGACGAGUCCAGCAGAUUUAUUCUGACAAUGACUUGAAGGUGGAGGUUUGUGGAACAUCCUGGACGUACAAUCCUGCAGCUGUUACUAAGGUGGCCCCAGCUGGUUCUGCUGUAACAAAUGCAUCAGGAGAGCGUCUUUCUCAGCUACUAAAGAAGCUAUUUGAAACACAAGAAUCUGGAGAUAUAAAUGAAGAGCUGGUAAAGGCAGCUGCCAAUGGUGAUCUUGCCAAAGUUGAAGACUUACUAAAGAGACCUGAUGUUGAUGUGAACGGCCAGUGUGCUGGACAUACUGCUAUGCAGGCAGCAAGCCAAAAUGGCCAUGUGGAUGUUCUGAAACUGCUGCUGAAACAUAAUGUGGACCUGGAAGCUGAGGACAAAGAUGGAGACAGGGCAGUGCAUCAUGCAGCUUUUGGAGAUGAAGGUUCGGUUAUUGAGGUGUUGCACAGAGGCGGUGCAGAUCUGAACGCUCGAAACAAACGCAGACAGACUCCUUUACACAUUGCAGUAAACAAAGGGCACCUGCAAGUUGUUAAGACUUUGCUGGACUUUGGCUGUCAUCCCAGUCUUCAGGACUCUGAAGGUGAUACUCCUCUUCAUGAUGCAAUUAGCAAAAAGAGAGAUGACAUGCUGUCCGUGCUCCUGGAGGCUGGAGCAGAUGUUACCAUCACCAACAACAAUGGAUUUAAUGCUCUUCACCAUGCAGCCUUACGAGGGAACCCCAGUGCAAUGAGAGUUCUGCUGUCCAAGCUGCCCAGACCCUGGAUUGUGGAUGAAAAGAAAGAUGAUGGAUACACUGCCUUGCACUUAGCCGCACUCAACAAUCACGUAGAAGUAGCAGAGCUCCUUGUCCAUCAGGGUAAUGCCAAUUUGGACAUCCAAAAUGUUAACCAGCAGACUGCUCUGCAUCUUGCAGUGGAGCGCCAGCAUACUCAGAUUGUCAGACUGCUGGUCCGUGCUGAAGCUAAGUUAGAUAUCCAGGACAAAGAUGGCGACACACCUCUUCAUGAAGCCUUGAGACAUCACACCCUUUCCCAGCUCCGUCAGCUGCAGGAUAUGCAAGAUGUUGGCAAAGUGGAUAGUCUCUGGGAGCCCUCAAAAAACACUUUAAUCAUGGGUCUAGGAACACAAGGUGCAGAAAAGAAAAGUGCUGCCUCUAUUGCCUGUUUCCUUGCAGCAAAUGGAGCAGAUCUUACCAUCAGGAACAAAAAGGGUCAAUCUCCACUUGAUCUUUGCCCAGAUCCCAGUCUUUGCAAGGCUCUUGCCAAAUGCCACAAAGAAAAAUCCAGUGGACAGGUGGGCUCCCGCAGUCCGUCUUUAAUCAGCAAUGAUUCAGAGACUCUGGAAGAAUGCAUGGUUUGCUCAGAUAUGAAGAGAGACACUCUUUUUGGUCCCUGCGGACAUAUCGCCACCUGCUCUCUCUGCUCUCCGAGGGUCAAAAAAUGUCUUAUUUGUAAAGACCAAGUUCAGUCCAGGACAAAGAUUGAAGAAUGUGUGGUAUGUUCGGACAAGAAGGCAGCAGUGCUCUUUCAGCCUUGUGGCCACAUGUGUGCCUGUGAGAAUUGUGCCAGCCUGAUGAAGAAAUGUGUGCAGUGUCGAGCAGUGGUCGAGCGGAGAACGCCUUUCAUUAUGUGUUGUGGUGGGAAAGGUAUGGAGGAUUCCACUGAUGAUCUUACCAGUGGAAGUAUCCCAGCGUUGCAAAGAGACAAGGACAAUACAAAUGUCAAUGCUGAUGUACAGAAAUUACAGCAGCAGUUACAGGAUAUCAAGGAGCAGACUAUGUGCCCAGUGUGCCUGGAUCGUCUGAAGAACAUGAUCUUUAUGUGUGGUCAUGGCACGUGUCAGCUCUGUGGAGACCGGAUGAGCGAGUGUCCAAUUUGUCGCAAGGCAAUCGAGCGAAGAAUACUUCUCUACUAAACUGAUGCUGAAGAGGAAGUGGCCAUCCUUAAAAAAAUUCUUCCAAAUUGAGAGGCUUUAUUUGUAUAAUUUUUUUAAUCUUAUGAACACCUUCACAUUUUUUUUUAGCUUAACACUAGAAUUACCAAAGCCUACGAAAAAACUCGUAAAUCUCGCACAACUUAAAUCCAUUCACACCUCUCCGUCAGCGUCUUUUGUCUUGUAAAUCUGCCGAUAAAGACAAGCAGCAAGCAGCCUGCUAUUCCAUCCCCCCCCCCACCACCGCAGACCAUGCACAAAGUUCUCCCAGCUCAUGCCUUGAUUAUCUGGGAGUGAAGUGCUGGAGUUUUAGAGUGAAAAUACUAGAUCAUUAUUUGGAACACAUGCAUUUCAUGUGUGUUCCUUUUUCUACAAUAAUCUGUGUAAACACAUUGUUAAAACAGAAACAUUUUUCAUAUUUUAGCAAUAAAUGACAAAAUGUAGGCAUUAAACUAUAUAAUGUGUGAAGCCUGAAUUACAAAGAUCAAAUAAACACUUUCACAAAAGGUUAAAGGACAAUACAACAGUUUCCGUGGAGUAGUGGUAAGAUUUGCUGACUUGUAAUCAAGAGUCCCCGGUUCGAUCCUGACCUCCAACUAUUUUUACUGUUUUCAGUAGUGAGCUGCUCUUAUUGUUAAUAUUAUAUAGUACACACAUACAUUUGGUUGCAUCUGUAACAGCUGGUGUACAUUUAUAGUGCUUGUAAAAGUUACCUUUUUUUUUUUUCCACUUUUAUUCUCUCGGUCACGAUCAUGAUACAUACUACCACCCCCCACCCAGGGAUCUGACGCUGUUACUUUUUAUCCAAAACUGGGAAUAACUGUAGAUGUGAGUGGUUUUUGAGGCAAUAGAACUGGACAUUCUCUGAUCUGGAGGGAUAAAAGCUGACACACAUAUGCUGGUGAGUCUGCCUUCUUCUAUCUCAACACACAUGAAAUGCAUGUGUUCCAAAUAACGAUCUAUUAUUUCCACUCUAAAACUCCAGCACUUCACUCCCAGAUAAUCAAGGCAUGAGCUGGGAGAACUUUGUGCAUGUUCUGCGGCGGUGGGGGAUGGAAUAUCAGACUGCUUGCUGCUUGUCUUUAUCGGUACAUUUACAGGACAAAAGACACUGACAAAGAGGUGCGAACUGAUUUAAGGAGGGCCGGAUUUAGGUGUUUUUUCGUAGGCUUUGGUAAUUCUAGUGUUAACCACCGUAAAAUUGCUUUUUUGAUUCUUGAAACAGCAAUUGAAAAUUGCAGGGAGGAAAACCGUUUGCUAUCUUAAAAAUCUAAUAAAUGUAAGACUGUGAAGAAGAUAUAAAGAUGUGUAUCAGCAUGGCUGUGAUUGUCUCAAGUGGACUCCCGUCUGGAAUUGUAUCUCUUGAAUUGCUGCUUAUUUUUAUUUUUAUUUCUGUUUCUUCAAAAUAGUACAUGAACCUUAGCACUAAAUAGUAAGUAAACAGUUUGCACCUCUGACAAACUUCAUCACUAGUGUUUGUUAUUAAUAAAGUUGUACUCGGCAUUAUUUUGAUUACUGCACCAGUACCAUCUAUCUGCUGCUUCUGCUACUUGCUCUGUCUGUCGAGGAACUAAAGCCAGGACUGUUAAAGUGCACAGAGAAGAAAGCUUCAGGAACUUGUUCAUCUCCAUUGGCCCUGCAGUGUAACCUCCCAGCCUGGUGGUCUUAGUAGAUUUUAACAUGCACCGUGCAACCCCAGCUAAAAUAAAAACCAUCUAAGUGAGUAGCUUUAUACUUUUAAUGCUUCUUAACAUUUCAUUUUUUGUAAUUUUGGUCUCCAGCAUGCUGUUAUUCUUUUCAUCCUUAACUAUCCAGACACACGCAUGCUGCAGCUGUAUAGAACUGUAGUGACUAGCAGAGUAAAUGUUAGAAGUUGUAUUAUGAAAACACUAUAUUUUUAUAGGCUAGCGUGUUCAUCCCAGCUGUACAAACAAUGGGUGAAUGUACUGAGUGUUGACAUGCACACUUUGCUGUAACAGGAACGUGCUUUUUUGUUUGUCACCUGUCCUAUUCAAAACACUUACUUGUUAUUGAUCUGAGCCUAAUCUUCAGUAUGGCCUGACACCUUUUUUUUUUAAACAGAGCAGCAUAUAGUGUUGUCUCUGUGGCGUUGCCUUGAAAAUAAACAUGGAGUUUUGACGGAGUUUAUCUUUAGACAGAGUUUUUACUCAAGCGAACGUUAUGAUUCCUGGCUAGAACUGAGUUCUCUUUGCAGUUAAUCAUGCUUUGCACUGGCACUCUCAUUUUUCAAGGUAAUGUCUUUUAAAGUAUUAGUUGUGCCUUGCUUACCAAACGUCUCAUUUGCAUUGCUUAAUAAUGGGUGGGUUUGCAGACAUACUGACACUUUGUCAUUGUGGCCCUGAUCGACUUUGUGGCAGUUAUUAUGUGAACACAAUGCAUAGUUUUACUGUGUGACAGUACGACAGACUGAUCUCAAGUGUAUUUUGUCAGAAGCCUGGAUUGAAACGAUUGUUGUCUUAUAAACAUUGCAACGCUUUUCCACGAUUAGAAAUUGGUGCCAUUAGUUGCAGUGCUGAGGCAAGAAAUAGACACAUGUAAACACUUUCUUAUACAAUAGCUCAGUUUCAUUUACCUUUUUGUACACUUACUUAGGUUGUGUAAGAACACUAAUAUUAAAUUAGAGCUGGCACUAGACUGUACAUGUACAGUAAGUAUAUACAAUUUGGCCCCUUUGAUGAACUGGUGAAGUGCCCAGGGCUGUUUCCUGCUCCACACCCAGUGCUGCCAAGAUAGACUGUGGCCUCCUGCCUGCUGGUGGUGGACUAAAUAGCAGAGACACUUAACAAUAUAUUCACAUCAAGGACCUAAUAAUGACUAGGGCCAGCUUCAGGCCUUUUUGUAAUGCUGCCAUACAAGUCCUAAUUUUUGUGCAGCGGGCAUUACAAGAUUCUCCUUUGAAAGGUAAGGUGGGAUGGAAAUCUGCUUCACCCUCUGUGCUCCAGAACUCACCAUAAAGAUUCAAGUGAUUGGGGAGGCUAUGGGAAGCGUUUUGAUUUCAUCCUGGUGUUCCUGUUGCCAAUCUUUGAAUUAGUCGAGCAGUGUGACUGGGGGUGUUAUCUUCAUGGAACAAGGAAAUUAUCAUUAGGGAACAAUGUUUACACCAUAAGGUGCACUUUGUAAACUACAUUGUUUGGCCAUUUUAUGACCUUGCAGAGCCAUCAUUGGACUGCUGUAAGAUGGCUGUCCAUAACAUUACAGAUGCCCACCAUGAUUAUCAAGCAUUAUAGGCUGAAGUAUACUUACAUUGGCUUUCUCCAAAUGUAAACCCAUUCAGAUGUAGUCAAUAGGGUGAAGGACCAUAAGACCAUCAUUUUUUAUUUUUCUGUUGAUCGGGGGGGGGUUUGGGGGGGAUAUUUUGUUCUCUUUACACCACAUUAGGUGUCCUUGUAUGUUGGCCUUGGGUACAAUUUCUGACCUAAAUUCCAGCACUUGUGAAGCUUACAAUGUUUGUUGAGAUGGAGUGACGGAUGUGCUGAUUUAAUUGUGUGAUCAUUUUGGAAGUGAAGACUUUACUUUGUGAAGUCCUUGUCUAUUCCAGUCAGCGAGCUUUGACCUGCAGCCAGUGCAGUAAGUUCAAAUUUGAUAUUUGCUCAUGAUUUUUGGGACUUUACACUUUGAUAUAUGAAAUGAUUUUGCCAUUUUUGUGACUUAUGCAUCUGCAAACGAGGCAACCAAAUAUUUGGUAUCCAAGUGCUUAGACCUCUUUUAGAACGGUCACAAACUGCUAAAUGGCGUUCAGGUUAAUAUGACAAGACAUUUCCAGCUCCAUUGGUCACCGUGGUUUUGUUACUUCAGAAUUAAAUUCCUUUUUUGUGUGGCACUCCCUUUAUUUUGUCCAUCCCGUGUGUUUAACUACUCACCAUUAUGAUCAGAUAGCAUUCACUUUCCUUUGGCCAGCGUCUAACUUUCACUGUUAAAUUGCAUUAAACUUAACCAUUGCUUUACACAUUGAUUGCUUCUGACUCGCUGUUGUUCAUGAAAGGUAUGACCGUGAAUUUUGCUUUGGAUGUUAGGAUUUGGUUGCUGUGUAAAGUGUCUUCCUUUUAGAAAUGAGUUGAGUUAACUUACUUGUAUAGCUGAGAAAACACCCAAAGAAGUUCCUUCAUGUCUAUUAAAAGAUUUCUUUUAAAUGGCAAUUUAUGAUUGUCUUUUGAUGUCCAUAAGGAGUUUUUGUGUUAUUUUAAGCCAGUCACAUUACACGACUUCUCGUUGGAUUGGAUGCCAAACUGUGUAAUUCUCCCGCGUAAGUCACAUUACAAGAGUGGGAGUCGCAGGGUAUGUCAAAUUAGACGACAGCAUGAUGACAUCUGCACAAUGUCUUGAGCUCGGGCCGGUUUCUCAUAGCCAGCAACAUAUUACUUGAUGAAGCCGCUGCCCUUGAGAAGGUUUACAGGUGUGGCAAAUUCAGCCACAAUCCUCUGCCUGUUUGUCUUUCUUCCAUUCUGUUGUGGUAUGUAAAACACAAGACAUCUGGCAAACAAGCCUCUCUUCUGGUUGUGAGGUGCAAAUUGCCCACCUCCUUAUUCCUUGUAGCGGUCUUAUAUGCGUUGUACCUCCGAGUGAGCUCUCAUUGGUUGUCAGUUCUCUCUUGCACAAGAACCCGCUCCUAAUUUUGUCAAGGGGAGUCCCAGACUGCUGCUGACUACGGGAGCUCGCCGUGACUGCCAUCGACUCGGUUACAUUAUUUAAUUGAAGUCCAGGACAGAAAAUCGCUUGAAAAGUCGUGUAAUGUGAUGGGGACAGUUCCUGUUCUUAGUUUACCGGAGGCGUGGGAGACUUUUGGAUUUAAACUGCACAUCAGAGUUCCUCCUACCUUACCGUGUUGACCCCUUCCUAUUGUUUGUUGUAUCAUUUGACUUCUUAAAGUAGAAAUGCACUAAUUUUCUUAAGGGUUUCAGUGUUUUGUUUUUUCUUUUUUAUCUUUAGUUCAAAGAAUUCUUACUUUUGCAGGAUGCUGCGAGACAUUCUUUGGUUUCUAAUUAUUAUACCUGCAUUGUUUUAUCUUUGUUGUUAUUAUUGUCUUUACCUUGUGACAUAUGCAAUUUUAUUUUGUAUCUUGAAAGCUAUUUAGUUCAAUUUGUAACUGCUAAGUGCUUUAUAAUAUAUUGUUUAAAAACCAGGUCAUCCUUGACCAAAGCUAUAGGAAUAAAUACCAGUUUGCCUCAA